AUGGGCUUCAUUUCUGAAGAGAUGGACUAUGCAAAAGAGAAAAUUAGGUCUAACUUUAACAACAUCAAAAAGAGUUAUGAAGAGGUUUGGAGAAUAAUUGAUGCUCGAUGGGAUAAUCAACUUCAUAGGCCUUUGCAUGCAACUGCCUAUUUUUUAAACCCUCAUUUCCACUAUGAACCUAACUUUAGAUCUGAUGCUGGUGGAGAGGUGAAAGAAGGAUUGUAUUUUUGCAUGAGAAGAUUGGUACCAGAUAUGGCAGAAAGAAGAAAAAUUAAUUUACAAAUUGUUGAAUUUCAUAAUGCUAGAGGAUUGUUUGAAAUGGAAGAUGCAAAAGAGUGUAGGAAAGAGUUAAAUCCCGGGGAAUGGUGGGACAUGUUUGGUGAUGGAACUCCAGAGUUGAAGCAAUUUGCUAUUCGAAUUCUAAGCUUGACUUGUAGUUCUUCUGGAUGUGAGCGUAACUGGAGUUCAUUUGAAAUGGUUCAUACAAAGAGAAGGAAUCGUUUGCAUCAAAAAAAGAUGAAUGAUUUAGUUUAUGUGAUGUAUAACUCCAAGCUGAAAAGUAGACAAAUUCGGAAAACUAUAGCUCUUCCAUUUGAUGACAUAGAAUCAGAUGAUGAAUGGAUAGCUGAAGAGACAAAUGAUGUUGUUGAGAUUGAUCAAGUUAAAGGUGAAAAUGAUAGUGAAAAUGUUCACUUAGAUGGAGCAACAACAGAUCCUGUUCUAGAUGCUAUUGAUCUUGAUAACAUAACAUUUGAGAACAAUGAGGAUGCACAACAUUCAUCAGAGGAAGAGUUAGAUGAGGAUGAUGAUGGAGAUGAUGGAGAUGAUGAUGCCAUUUUUAGAGGAUUAGUUUACGUAAACUCUCGAGUUUGA